CAACAUCUCAAACAAAUUGUAUUUUGCCAAUGUGAAAAACCAGCCAUCACAUUGCUGCGUUUACAGCUCUGGCCAGGAAGCCCUGAAAAGCCAUCGUGUGCAUUCCACCUUAGUCUGAUGGAUCUUUUCGACCGACUAUUUAUUCAUUGUAAAGUUUCGUUAAAGGAAGCAACAGAAGUAUUCCAACUGUUUCUUCCAGCAUUUUAUCCMAACCUACUUCCAUCAUUUUAUGCUGUAAUGAAUUCUGGCUGUUUUGACGAAUACAGGUAUUUCAAGUACCAAAGUACCUAUCUCACUCAACAGUUUCCUGAUCUAUACAAUGGUGCCAGUUGUCCAUUAUGUCCAAAGGAGGAAGGAGUUCUGGUUCAAUGUAUGGAUGCCUGUUUUGGACUAAACAGGAAAAAAACCCAAGGGCAGCAACUGACUGACCCAAAUCAUACCAAUGUUUAUUUUGCUGAUCAAGAUGAUGUGGAUAAUUUUGUUGCACAAUACCAUGAAGAUUGUCAAAAUACUGAGCCGGAAUGUAGCAGGUUUCAUGCCGGGGAAGUGUUGCCAGCAUUGCGUUCCAAAGGAAAGAACAAAUUGUUUGAUGAAAAAGGAGUUUUUGGAUCUGUUUGUCGCCAUGACUUUCCACUAUCUUUUCAUAAUAUCAAACAUGGUGAAAGAAUUUCCUACUCAGUGUAUGAGCUCAAGCAGACUUGCCAGCUUCUAAACAAAAAACCACUUAUCAAGGUUGUCAUCAUGUAUGAUAUUGCUUGUAUUUUGUCAACGCAUUUGAAGAAAAAUGCAAUAAAGUUUCCCAAUGAGUGGCCAUUACUGGAAAAAUUCACCUUUGCAAUUCCUAUAUUCCAUUGUUAUGGACAUAAAGCAUCAUGCCAGAUUAAGUAUUCUCCCAGAAGGACAGAAGGCGUUGGACUUACUGAUGGUGAGGGGACAGAGAGGCUAUGGUCAUUUUUAAGGGACUUCUCKAGGAUAACUAAAGAGAUGUCUCCUGAAAAAAGAAUCGAUACCCUGACUGAUGGUCUCCUCCAUUAUGGCUGUCUUCUUAGGAAGAAAUAUGGUCCAGCUUUAAAUCACAAACUUCUAAGAGCAAUGGAUUUACAUCAGAUAUUAUCAGAUGACCUUGAUAAAGCUAUGAAAUCUUUUCCAAUAAAGUGUGAUGAAACUGUCAUUGAAGAGUGGAUUUCUUCAGAGAAAGUACAGGACAACUCAAAAAAAUUUGAGCUUCUUUGGGAUGAAAAAUAUGUUGACUUGCUGUCACAGAAUGUGUCAUUGAGGGGUGGAGAUCAGCAAGUUUCUAGAACAGAAGAGAAUGAAUCAUUGAAAAAGAAAAGGGAAAGAAUAGAGAAGUCACUGGCAGCUCUUGAGAAGAAACAUGGUAUUAGAAAGCGAUGGAGUGUAAAUGGCGAAGCUUUUUCCAGUUCAAGAAAACGACUUUUGAAAAAGCAAGAAGAGAAACUUCUCAGUGGUCUACACAGACUGGCAGYAGAGAGGACAUUCCUACUUGAAAUGAAAAGAAAAUAUGCAGAUGGACAGAUGAUUGCCAUUAAACUGUCAGGCCAGAUUGACAAGGUGGUUAAAAGUAUGAACAAGGGAUUGGAUGAGGUAAAUGUGUUAAGAAGAAGUAGUGCUUCCAUCAAUUUGCUGACYUUUGAUGACAUCAAAGAGCCUACUGGUACCCUAUACAGUUCCUUUGAAGAUCAGGUUUCAGCUGUUCCAGAAUCAAAGAAGAGGCCUCUUAUAGAGUUAUUCUUGCUUUGCAAACGAUGCAAGGAGGAAGCAAAUUUGGUAAAAGAAGAAAUGCGUCGGCUUGAAGAAUUUUACUCAAGGGAAAUCCAAACCYUGAGUGAUUUACAUCUUCAGCAAGAUGAUAGUAUAACGGGGAAGGRUUUUAGUUGUCUUCUUCAAAGACGAAKGGCUAUAUUAURUAAUGAAAUCCUCGCACUUGCAAGCCAUUGGAAGGGGUGUUACACAUUCCAAUGUUUAGAUUUAGGGAAAAUAUUGAAAUCAUCUGUAAAAUAUGAAGGCAGUGAACCUUGUACAGUCAGCGAGGAAGUAACAGAAGAUGAGCCUUACUCAUUUGAUAAACCUCAAGAUGAUCCUUGCAAUGGAGACGACGAGAACAGUAAUGAAUAAUUAAUAUUUAUAAUGACCAUAUCUGCAUGGUGAGUGCGCAAGCACGAAACUCAGAGUUGCAGGGAACCACGUUCCUUUUUAUCUAAUCACUAUACCGCUCUACACAUGUGAAUCGAGCACUUUUCAACGUGUGUUGCUAAUAGCUAUUAUUUAUAAUGAACAAUUUUCUUUUAACAAUGUCCAGAAUGCAAGUGUCACAAAACUGAAGACGUUCCCGUAAUAAUACAUUGCAUUAAAUAGUAUAGUUAUAAUAAAGAAUUAGAAUGGUUUUCUUUGGAUUGUCAAAAAAUACUUGUGUGUUUACAGAAUUAAGUAUCGAAGAAGUAUAUAGUGUAGUUUUCAUAAACCCGUAAAACAACGUGUAGCAUAUAAAGGGUAAUACUCCUGGAUUAGCGUACAGGAAGACGCACAAAAUAAAGAGCAAUACCUUAAAGUUUA